AUGAGGGAACGCGCCCUGGCCUCUGUUCUUGUCGCUACAAUCGUUAUCAUUGGAUAUGACUUAAGAUUAACAUCUAAUCUAAUCAUUUACGACAAGAUGCAUUUGAAAGAUUUCAUUUUGAUUCUAUUCAUUACAUUUUUAUUCAAUGAUCAUUUGACGACAAAAUCUCACUCAUUCUCUUGUCCAACAAACGAUCCCAACUGCUCGGUAAUAAAAAAUGAAGUUAAACCAGUGGCUGUUGGUGGUGGUGUUCGUCGUUUGUUUUUUCUCUUUCUUGGCUGUCUACUAACAACAUGUUUGAUCAUUGCAAUGAUUGUAACAUACAAUCGUAUCACAAAUCAACAACGGCAUCAACCGUUGAAUCUUCGUCAUCGAUUUCGUCAGGUUCUGCAAUCAAUCGGAUGGAACAAUGUGACCAAACGCGGCCGAUUUCCAUUCUUUUCAACCUCAUCGAACAAUCCAAAUACUCAUUCUUCUGGUACGCAUCGACAAGGUGAAACAUCCCGUGCUCAUCUCAACGAAAAUCAAGACGAAGCAUUAUUAUUCGAUGAUCCAUAUGCCGAUGGUGGUAUUGCCGGUGGUCUUCAUGGUUCAUCGACAAAUCCGUACAAAUCAUUAACCUUAUCAGUCACUUAA